AUGUUGGUAGCAUUCUUCGCGCAGAACGCUUCAAUCGAAUACAUCAGAUACCAAUGGGUCGACUACUCCGGCGUCCUGCACGCAAAAGUGAUACCAAAAGCAUAUUGCCUGACUAUGGAGGCCAAUGAUAAGCGAAUCUCGCUUGCGCAGAACUGCUUGAUCGUUCCCAUAUCCACCGCGCCUGACUGUUUCCCCGCAGGCCCACAGCGCUGGGAGUUGAGUCCAGACUGGCCGUCCCUACGCGUUUGCCAUUUCAAGCCAAACCACGCCAUGGUAAUGUGCUUUAUCACGCAGGUAGAGCCGCAAAGUGGAACACCAUUCGAGAAAUGUCCACGAAAAGCAUUGUACCGAGCAGUCGACGCAUUUGGUGAUGAGACGCGUGUUCUCAUCGGCUACGAGAUUGAGUUCGUGCUGCUAGACGAACACGCAAAUCUCGCGUCGAGUUUGGAUCGAAAUACCGGAUUCGCAUCCAUGGCAGGUCUUCGCGGCGAAGGUUUGCUGAUCAUGGAAGAAGUAUGUGAGGCCCUACUCAAGUCGGGAAUAGCUGUCCAAGACUUCCACACGGAGAUCGCAGAUCAAUUCGAGAUUGUCCUUUGCCCAGAAGAUCCUGUGAGAGCCAUCGACGCACUCAUGCUUGCGCAAGAAACCAUCCGGUCAAUCACGAUCAAGCACGGAGUAAAGGCAUCAUUGGCUCCAAGGCCAGUGAUAUCUGGGCCUCAGAACGGACUUCAUACCCAUGUAUCGCUGAACCCUCUUCCCGAAAAUGCCGCGUCUUUCCUUCAAGGUGUUCUCGAGAACUUAUGUUCCUUAUGCGUUCUUGGCAUGCCAAACUUCGACAGCUAUGUGCGUGUCAUGGAUGACGGAGCUGGGUGUUACAUAAGCUGGGGUACAGAGAACCGCGACCUUCCCAUCCGCAAAAUUGGGGACCGCUGGGAGUUUCGGUGCGUGGAUGCCACAGCUAACCAUUAUCUUUUCCUUGCGGCGUUGCUUUCGGCAGGCCAUGAGGGCAUGAAGCAGAACUCUGAAUUGCGAUUCAAAGAUUGUAUGGAGUUUCAGGAAAACAUGACUGCCAUGAAGAUGGCUUCCUAUGGCAUCAGUGAGAGGAUGCCAAACACGUUGACUCGGACGAUAGAGGCAGCAAAACAUAGCGAGGGAACGACAACAUGGCUUGGCAAAUCUUUGAUGGACGAAUAUAUUAGGCUGAAAGAAAAGGAGGUAACUGUAUUUCAAUCAAUGCACGAUGGGGAAAGACGAAAACGGUACUUGCGCUUCUUUUAA